ACCACCUAACAUUUAGAUAACGUCUUAGUUUCUGUGUAGGCACACUCCCCCAAAAUUCGUAUCUGAGUAGUUUAUGUAGCUUCUGCUGACUGAUAUUUAUCAAAGCGUUCAAUAUUAAGUGUACUCAAGUCGUUAUUGUUUAACUUUAAGGAAUAUGCUGCACCCGGUUCAAGAGUUGGGAUUGUUUUUCCUAUUCCUGAGAUUUUCUCCCAGCCUUUCUGACCCAAUUUACAUGGCUAUAGAUGGAGAUGCUGUCCUCAAACCACCCCCCAUGGAUUCUCCUAUCAAAAACAUAGAGUGGAAACACAAUGAGGAUAUUGCAGCAGAUUGGCAUGGAAACGAUUUUGAGUGUUUUGGCCAGUUUAAAGGUCGUUGUGAGGUGAACAAUAAUACUGGAGUACUGACCAUCAAAGGACUGAAACUGACAGACAGCGGAAACUACACACCAGAAAUUAACGGCAGAGUCUUAAUCAAGAUUGAUCUCUCAGCUAUCUCUCAUAUAGCUAAACCUUCUGUAAAAACCUCCUGUAACACUGAGAUGACUAACUGUCAACUGACCUGUGAAGGCAACAAUACAAAUGCCAAACCAGUCGUCUAUAAGUGGUUUGUAGAUGGCAGGGAUGGACCUUCACACGACAAUUUGAUUAUAACAAAGGUUACAAAGGAGAACAGUUUCAGAUGUUUGGUGAUGAACCCAGUCAGCAAUGAAACCAGUGAAAGCGUCACAAACCCCUUCAUUAAACAAAUUUACGGAGCUAAAGGUGAAGAUGUGAUCCUCAGACCACCCCCCAUGAAUGAUACUAUCCAAAGAAUAGAGUGGAAACACAAUGAAAAUAUUGCAGCAGGGUGGUAUGGAGAUGAGUUUGAGUGCCUUGGCCAAUUUGAAGGAUGUUGUGAGGUGGACACUGAUUCUGGAGAACUGACCAUCAAAAAACUUAACCUGAACGACAGCGGCAUCUACACACCAGAGAUUAACGGCAGAGACUCCAGCAAGACUCAUCUCUCUGUUAUCUCUCGUGUAGCUAAACCCUCUGUAAAAACAUCCUGCAACACUGAGAUGACCAACUGUGAUGUGACCUGUGAAGGCAACACUGCAGAGGCUGAACCAAUCACUUAUACGUGGUUUAUAGAUGGCAACCGUGGACCUUCAAAUGUUGUGUUGAUUAUAAAAAAGGAUUCAAAGGAGUACAGUUUCAGAUGUUUGAUGAUGAACCCAGUCAGCAGUGAAACGAGUGAAAGCAUCACAAACCCCAUCAUCAUGAAACAAGAGCAGGAGCGGCUGAUAUCCAUCCUUGUACCAGUAGUAGUAGUGAUUGUUUUGGUAGUCAUCAUUGUGGUUGCUGUAUUUUUCAUCAGGGAAAGAAGGCGAAGAGCACGAUACAAAAAGUGGCUAAGAGAACAAUACGAAUGGUGGCUCGGAGACCAAGAUGAAGGGUGGCUAACAGACAUAGAUGAAAGAGGGCGGCGAGAAGAAUUCAAAUGGUGGCUAAGAGACCAAUGCGGAGGGUGGCUAAGAGAACGAUACGAAAAGUGGCGAAGACACCGAGAUGAAAAGUGGCUAAGACACCUAGAUGAAGGGUGGCUAACAGACAUAGAUGAAAAGUGGCUAAGAGAAAUAGAAGAAAAGUGGCGAAGAGGCCUAGAUGAAAAGUGGCUAAGAGGCCUAGAUGAAAGUAGUGGAAAAGCAAUAAUAGAAAAAAAAAAGCAUAACCAAGAAGGGACUGAAGAAGAGAUGAGGAAACUAAAUCAACCUCCUGAUGGUGAAGGAAAAACUGAUACAGCCCAACAUCUCAGCAAUGGAGCUGAGACUGAGACAGUGGCUCCAGAAACUUCCAACCAGAGCCUGGCAGAAGCUGCAGUCUCUAACAUCAACAAGGAAACCGAGCUCACAUCUGUAGAGGUUCAUAACCCAUUGACCUCUGGACCUCUGGAUACCAACAAGGACUCUGGGACAAAACUUGAGCUGAAACCACUAAAAGAAAGCAAAGAGACUGAGACAGUGGCUCCAGAAACUUCCAACCAGAGCCUGGCAGCUGCAGUCUCUGACACUGACCAGGAAACUGACCUCCCAUCUGCAGUGGUUCCUGACCUGCAGACCUCUGGACCUCUGGAUACCAACAAGGACUCUGAGAAAUCUGCACUGAUGCCAGACAAGAAACCAGAAACCAACAGUGAGCCAUCAGCUGAUGAACAGGAAGCAGAUGAUGGAGGAGAUGUUUACUAAACGUGGGUGUUCACUUCUUUCCUGUUUUAUAAAACUUCAAAAAUCACAUUGGUAGAGACUUCUGUUACAGACUCUGCUCAGUCUGAAGAUGUUACACUCACUAUGUGUUUUACUUCUAUGCAACUGUCUUAUAUUCCUUCAGGUCUUAGAUUAUAGAUUUUUAGAGACGAAAAUCUGUGCUGCCAUUUCUGAUGCCAAAACUUUAAGUUCUUAUUUUCGUGAAAUUUACAAUAAUAGCCAUUAUGUAGCCAUUAUGGGGCUAUAAAUCCUGAGAUCCCAGCCAAACCAAAGUAAAGAGACUAUUUUUGCAUGUUUAGAUUUCCUUUGAGUCUUCCAGUCGUGACCAAACCCAAACUUUUUUUUUUAACUUAGCAAACAUAUAACAUAUCACAGCAUUUCCCUCCAAUAAUUUCCCUUUAACUUUUCUAUCUUCCAGAGUUUGUCCUUGCAUUUUUUAUGAAAACAAAUAUUUCUGAGAUGAUAGGGCCUUUUUCUUAUUUUGCACUGAGAACAAUUUACCUGCUUAAUGAUAAAGAGAAGAAACAAAAAGUGCUUUGCUCUGCUUUAAAGGAAGCUACAUGUAAUUUGAUAAAUAAAUAAAUAAAUGUACUGAAAUUAUCACAAAAGCAUCAUAAUUGGGGAAAAAAUCAUGUUACUUGUCAAUCAAGCUUAAAAAACAAGCAUGUGCCCUUUAAAAGGUGUACUCUUAAAUCCUCUGCUGUAGUUCCUCUUGUUGCCUCUGGGGGGCCUCAUACAGCUGCUGUGUUCAAUCAGAAAAUGAACUCUACUGGAGGAUGAAUGUUUCUGAUGUUUUAUCAUUAAAUCAUAUUAGUGUGAAUUUAAUCAGUUUAAGUGCAAUUUCAGAAAAUAAUUUAAAAUAGAACAUAUGAUAAAGAACAGAUGAAGAAGAGGAUUAUUAAAUAUUUUAACAUCAAUAGAAUAUCUAUGAAUGAUGUGUCAUUGUUCCUGGAAGUCUGUAAUAAGAUUCAGUGAUGAAUCGUUGUUAUUU